GCAGUUAACAAUGAUUACUCAGCCAUGAGAGACUUCUUGAUGAUCAACAAUGGCAUUUAUCAGGAAAUCGCCAAAACCAAUGCUCUUGCGAUCAGGGACCUGCAGCCAAAGAUCAGUGUGUGGAACCAUGGUGGUGCGGAACAGGGGAUGAACGGUGGUGGUAACGGUAACGCGAUGAAGGAUAUUGCUGGACUCUACAAGAUGUUGCCACCGGUUCUUGAUACGGUUUAUGAGCAGACCGGGAUGCAGCCACCGGCUUGGAUUGGUACACUACGUGGUGCUGAGCCCAAACAAUCACUUCAGGCUCAACAGCACAGAGGUUGAGAAGAUGUCAAGUGUGCCUCGGCUCUCUAGUUAUUAUUUUUAGCUUUUGGUUUGUUUUCUUUAUGUUGUAGAACUACUUAGGAAGUCAAGCAUCUGACUAAUGUGACUUUGACUAGGGGGUUUCGAUAAGGAUAAAAAGUGUUUUAAAACAGAGUUGGCUUCUGUUUGUUCCAAAAGAAAAGAAAAGAAAGCCCAAUGCUUUUCAAAUU